AUGAACGCCUCCUCCUUGCUGGACGCCACGCAGGGCGCGCUACUCAACGGCAGCCGAACCCUGGCGGGGACGCUGGCCACCUACUCCGGAAACGGUAGCGAGCAGGCGGUGAGCGUCGACGGCGCGACGGGAGCCGGCGGCGAAAGUUCCCUGGUUCUCCUCCAGGAGGAGCGCAAACUGCUGGUCAUGCGCGUGGUGCAGAUCGCCGUGCUGUGCGUGCUGUCGCUCACGGUGGUCUUCGGGGUCUUCUUCCUCGGGUGCAACCUGAUGAUCAAGUCCGAGAGCAUGAUCAACUUCCUGGUCAAGGAGCGCCGACCUUCCAAGGACAUGGACACCGGCAUGAUCGGACUCAAUUAG